AUAGGGAAAUGGAACAGACUACUUACUGCCCAAUGAGGGACAGGCUGGCUGGUAGUAACGCGGGGGUGGGCCGUUCUCGGAUUCUACAGGAGAAAUAGGGAGAUCGUGUUAAAAACAGAGGAGGGUUUGAAAAACUACUUUUGAUACACUCGCAACCCUAAAGGAGAGAUGAUGGAAGUCUAGUGUGCCUCUGCUGUCGUAGUUGAAAGUCUACUGCGGAUUUUUGGAGAAACUAGGACAUGAGAACAGAAGUGAGAAGAGGUAACAUUGCUGCGGACUUCUGGAAAAAAAAGUUGGGUUUGGUUGUAUCGACGCUCCGAGAGGGACAUGAUGUCUUCGGAAACGGUGUGAAGGACCUGAACUCCUCAAAGAGAUGUUGGGCCCAAGCGGACGUCAUGUACAGUGAAUCUGACUCUAUGGGCGAUUACUCCUCAUAAUAAACAGGAUACUCAGAUCCUUCUUCGCCAGCUUAAUCUAUCCUGGAAGUAACAUGGGAAUGUUCAUAUUUUAUUUCUGGAUUUAGUCAGGAAGGAGAACCGAGCAGCUACGGUGUUAACUUGACCAACCACACAAGGUAUCCGCGCCAGAGAAAUACAGUUCGUGCUUUUGAAGAGCCAGCGCAUUAAACAGAAUGCAUGGGAGUCAAAGCAGUAAAAUGAUCUAGAAUUGAGAUCUGUAUAUUGACAGACUUUUAUUGUUUGGUGAAAUCACGCCCAGGUCGUGGAAAAUAGAAUUAUUCGAAAAUGAAAGAAAAAUCGAAAAAUGCUGCCCGGACUCGACGGGAAAAGGAAAAUAGUGAAUUCUAUGAGCUGGCCAAGCUGUUGCCUUUACCUUCUGCCAUCACGUCUCAACUUGAUAAAGCUUCAAUUAUUCGACUCACAACAAGUUACUUGAAAAUGAGAAUUGUUUUUCCUGAAGGGCUGGGAGAGUCCUGGGGCCACGUGAGUCGGACCAGAUCUCUGGAUAAUGUUGGGCGAGAGCUGGGAUCACAUCUGUUACAGGUGGGAUCACAUAUACUACAGACGUUGGACGGGUUCAUUUUUGUGGUUGCUCCGGACGGGAAAAUAAUGUACAUAUCUGAAACAGCAUCGGUCCAUUUGGGCUUAUCACAGGUAGAGCUGACGGGAAAUAGUAUUUACGAGUACAUCCACCCCGCUGACCACGACGAAAUGACAGCCGUGCUGACAGCUCACCAACCCUGCCACUCGCACUUUGUCCAAGAAUAUGAAAUGGAACGUUCAUUCUUUUUGAGAAUGAAAUGCGUCCUCGCGAAAAGAAAUGCUGGUCUGACAUGUGGUGGAUACAAGGUGAUCCACUGCAGCGGGUACCUAAAGAUCCGUCAGUACAGCCUGGACAUGUCUCCAUUUGAUGGCUGCUAUCAGAACGUGGGCUUGGUGGCGGUGGGCCACUCUCUACCCCCUAGCGCUGUCACUGAAAUCAAACUACACAGCAACAUGUUCAUGUUCAGAGCCAGCCUGGAUAUGAAGCUCAUCUUCCUCGACUCCAGGGUAGCUGAGCUGACAGGCUAUGAGCCCCAGGAUCUUAUAGAGAAGACCCUCUAUCACCAUGUCCAUAGCUGUGACUCCUUCCACCUGAGAUGUGCACACCACUUGUUGCUGGUGAAAGGCCAAGUGACCACUAAGUACUAUAGGUUCCUGGCUAAGCAGGGUGGCUGGGUUUGGGUCCAGAGCUAUGCCACCAUCGUACACAACAGUCGUUCCUCCAGACCCCACUGUAUCGUCAGUGUCAACUACGUCCUCACGGAUACUGAGUAUAAAGGACUCCAGCUGUCUCUGGACCAGGUGACAGACACCAAGCCCUCCGUCCCCUUCAGCAGUGCUCCCACCAGCCUCACUGAGAACCGCAGAGCACCCAAGAGCAGAGUGUCCCGAGCCAAGGCCAAGGCUCGACUCUCCCCCUACACCCAGUACGCUGGUUUCCAGGCCGAGCGUUCAGAGUCGGACCAGGAUAGCCCUUGGGCAGGAUCUCCCCUCACAGACUCCGCUUCCCCUCAGCUGCUGGAGCAGGGGGAGGGGCUUGGCACCUCCUGUGCCUACAGGCAGUUCUCCGAGCCACGUCCCCUCUGCUACAGCCUCCCAAUCACUGAGGAGCAACACCACCAUCACAACCCCAGCGACAGCCACUCCCACCUCGACACACACGGCCACAAGCAGACGUGCGAGCGGGGCCGCUGUGAGGCAGGGAGGUACUUCCUGGGUGCUCCCCAGGGUGGGAGAGAGGCGUGGUGGGGAGUUGCCCGCUCUGUGCUGCCCCUGGUCAAGACCUCAUCCCUGGAGAAUGGAGAGGGAUAUGAGAGCAGCGUGCCCCACAUCACCUCCAUCCACAGUCUGCAUAACCGUGGCCAAUGGGACCAGGACAGUGUGGUCAGCUCGCCAGACGGGGGCUCCGCCAGCGACUCUGGGGACCGUUACCACGCAGACUACUUCCGGGCCAGCCCCCAGGAGCCGAGCAAGAUCGAGACCCUGAUCCGAGCCACGCAGCAGAUGAUCAAGGAGGAGGAGAAUCGUCUGCAGCACCGCAGCAAGCUCCACCCAGGCCCUGACACUCCUCUAGGGCCUGCCAACGGCCUCCCGAAGGGCCCCGGCCCCUGCUUCACCACCGACUACCCCCAGGGGGUGCUACAGAGUGUGUUGUGCCGUGGCCUGGGUCAACUGGGUCAGGUGAUCAGCCCCGGAUCAAGCCCUGCCCCUCUCUCCAGGCUCAGCAGCCCAGGGUCUGACCACUACCUCCCCAAGCCCAAAAACUACCUCCAGCAGGCAGGACAGUCAGACCUGUCCCCUCUCUCCCAGCCCCCCUACCACCAGCUUGGCCGUCCAGGCCCCUGCACAUCCUCCUCCCCUACCCCUGCCCCGGCCCUCUACCCUUCCCACCCCCAAACCCAAAUGGGGAGGCCUUAUCUGGACAAGCAAGCUGCUACCUACUCCCUGACGGGCUACGCUCUGGAGCACCUGUAUGACCCCGAGAGCCUCAGGGACUUCUGUUCCUCCGCUGGCUCCACCCACUACGACGUGACUUCACACCUGCGCAUGCAGGCAGAGCAGGGGCCGGGACACAAGGGGACCUCCGUCAUCAUCACCAACGGCAGCUAACGCCUGCUUGUCCAAUAAUACUAAAGUCUAAAAUGUCAGCCUAUUCCCUACAUAGGGGAAUAGGGUGCCAUUUCCCUGCACGCUACUUUUGACCAAAGCCUGCAUAGGGCUCUGGUCAAAAGUAAUGCACUACAUAGGGAAUAGGCUGACAUUUCGGGUGCUCACUAAAACACAGGAAGAAGAAACUGUAGAUCCAUGGAAUCUCCAUGCUAUAGCCCAGCUUCAACUGCCUCAUCUGCAUUUUAGCCAGCAAAAAUACUUUUUUCCUGUCCUACUUCUUGUGUUUCCUUUUGUUUUUGUUUUUACAGAGCUACGUUAUUCCAUUUGCACUGUCAGAAAUGGAGUUUCAUUGUGGGAACCUCAUCCCUAGGGUUGAAGAUAGGGUUGUGGAUAUGUUUUGAGUUAACCGGGAAGGGUUCAACGUUAGUGCACUUUUUAGUGUUGGUGGUCAGAAUCCCCUUAUCACAGCACAACUCUAUAGAGUUAAAGUCAACUAGACCUGGUUAAAUUGAUAUAUUUUUUGUCCGUGCUACAGACGGCUAUAUCUGUCUGCUAAUACAGGACUAGUAAAGGCCCAGGGCAGUACUUUUGCGAUAAUAAUUCAGGGGGUACUGCAGCACCCUCAGCACCCCUACUUCCAGUAGCUAUGAUUAAAGGUGUGCAGUAUAGAGAUGAAGCAAAAAUGACACAAAAACAAUUCACAGACAUCAAUGAUUAUGCAAAUUCAUUCUAUCUAUGUUCUCCCCAGUAGGUAAGCUAUGGAUUAAGGGAAGUGUACCCACACUUUCAGAGAAAGCAAAGGGGCGAUCUAAGGGAUACAUGCAAGAGAUGGUACAUGUGCCUACAUUUACAUUGAGACAUACAGCAGUUUACCUGGACUGUCAGAUAGCAGGCUUUACUUGGGCUAAAUGUCUUGUUGGUGUGUAUAACAACAGUUAUUAGUGCUUUGGUCUGUCACCUCAGUGAGGAUAACAACAUUAUAUACAGCCUCUAAUGAACAACCUUAUUGAGGUGUGAUUACUGAGAGGCUAAGGGUCAAUAUGAUGACGUGGAUUGUCUUAUUAGCCAGGUGUAGUGGUAAACGCUGAGGGGGAAUUUAGCAUGCUUACAAGGUAAACACUGAAGUGGGAGUUAGCAUGCUAACAAAGCUGACGUGGGAGUUAGCAUGUUAACAAAGCUGAUGUGGGAGUUAGCAUGCUAACAAGGCUGACUCGAGAGUUAGUAUGCUAACUCGGCUGACGUGAGAGUUAGCAUGCUAACACGGCUGACGUGAGAAUUAGCAUGCUAACAAGGCUGACGUGAGAGCUAGCAUGCUAACAUGGCUGAGGUGGGAGUUAGCAUACUUAUAAGGUUGAGCAUGUGUGUAUCUCCGAAGCAUGUCGUGUUAAAUUGUCAACAAGGGUAAACAAGGGGAAAGAGAUGCUCAUUGUUUAUUGAACAUUUGAUGAGAUGAAGGAAAAAUCAAGAGAGGUGAAAUGAAGAGGUUGUGUCUGCUGUGGUUGAUUGACUAGUACAGUGUUUAGAAGAGGUCACUUUCUGUCUAAUACUACAGAAUGAUGCCAUGGCAACGCUUGCUUGUACCAACAUGACGUUAGUUAUUAGUACCAUAAUAAUGAGUUAUAUGACAAUUCAUGAGAUGUUUUCACAAAGUCAUGAUAUAUGCAGCAAUAUGCAAUCCAACCAAUUGGGUAUUCGUUUAGACAGCCUAAAUCCUCAUCACAUCUGAUCAUGCUAAUGCUUGCAUUACCUUUCACUAAUGCUUGUGACAACCUUCAUAUCAUGUUUAUUAUACUGUUUUGUAGGCAGUGUGACACAUUUCAAACGUUCCCUUGGAUUCUAUCGUAAAUGUGGUUACCAUAUCUCUUAUAUUUAUACGUUUGGAUUUGUUAGUUUUCUGAAUUGUGCUUCUCCAAAGUUAUUUAUGAUGUAAAUAUGCUCAGAAAAAGACACCAUUUUGAAGCACAGGGGAAAAGUUGUAUUUAUUUAGUGAAUGUUUAUUUAGGAUUUUGAAGUAUAGUUGCAAUCAAAACAGUCUGCUUGCAUAUGAGUGUGUUUUGAUUUAAACAAAUUCUAUGAAAAAAUUAAAUAAACAGAACACUUUUU